GAGAAAGACCAGACUCAGAGGAACCAGAACCAGAGACGUCCAAACCAGCAAGACGACACGACUGCUCCCACUGCGGGAAGAGUUUUACCCAGUUAGGGAACCUGAAAAGACAUGAGAGAAUACACACAGGAGAGAAGCCUCAUCACUGCUCCCAGUGUAGGAAGAGUUUUACCCAGUUUGGGAACCUAAAAAUACAUGAGAGAAUACACACAGGAGAGAAGCCUUACCAAUGCUCCCUUUGUGGAAAGAGUUUUACCGAGUUAAGCAAGCUGAAAAAACAUGAGCGGACACACACAGGAGAUAAGCCUUUCCACUGCUCCCUGUGUGGAAAGAGUUUUACAGAGUUAGCGAGUCUAAAAAUGCAUAACAGAAUACACACAGGUGAGAAGCCUCAUCACUGCUCUCAGUGCGGAAAGAGUUUUACAAAGUUAGGGCACCUGAAAUCACAUGAGAGAACACACACAGGAGAGAAGCCUUUCCACUGCUCACUGUGCGGAACAAGUUUUACAGAGUUAGGCAACAUGAAAAGGCAUGAAAGGACACACACAGGCGAGAAGCCUCAUCAUUGCUCUCACUGUGGAAAGACUUUUACAGAGUUAGGGAGCCUGAAAUCACAUGAGAGAAUACACACAGGAGAGAAGCCUUUCCAUUGCUCCCUUUGUGGAAAGAGUUUUACCGAGUUAAGCAACCUGAAAAAACAUGAGCGGACACACACAGGAGAGAAGCCUUUCCACUGUUCACUGUGUGGAAAGAGUUUUACAGAGUUAGGGAGUCUAAAAAUGCAUAACAGAAUACACACAGGUGAGAAGCCUUACCAAUGCUCCCUUUGUGGAAAGAGUUUUACCGAGUUAAGCAAGCUGAAAAAACAUGAGCAGACACACACAGGAGAUAAGCCUUUCCACUGCUCCCUGUGUGGAAAGAGUUUUACAGAGUUAGGGAGUCUAAAAAUGCAUAACAGAAUACACACAGGUGAGAAGCCUCAUCACUGCUCUCAGUGCGGAAAGAGUUUUACCAAGUUAGGGUACCUGAAAUCACAUGAGAGAACACACACAGGAGAGAAGCCUUUCCACUGCUCACUGUGUGGAAAGAGUUUUACAGAGUUAGGGAGUCUAAAAAUGCAUAACAGAAUACACACAGAUGAGAAGCCUCAUCACUGCUCUCAGUGCGGAAAGAGUUUUACCAAGUUAGGGUACCUGAAAUCACAUGAGAGAACACACACAGGAGAGAAGCCUUUCCACUGCUCACUGUGUGGAAAGAGUUUUACAGAGUUAGGGAGUCUAAAAUUGCAUAACAGAAUACACACAGGUGAGAAGCCUCAUCACUGCUCUCAGUGCGGAAAGAGUUUUACCAAGUUAGGGAACCUAAAAAUGCAUGAGAGAAUACACACAGGAGAGAAGCCUUACCAAUGCUCCCUUUGUGGAAAGAGUUUUACCGAGUUAAGCAAGCUGAAAAAACAUGAGCGGACACACACAGGAGAUAAGCCUUUCCACUGCUCCCUGUGUGGAAAGAGUUUUACAGAGUUAGCGAGUCUAAAAAUGCAUAACAGAAUACACACAGGUGAGAAGCCUCAUCACUGCUCUCAGUGCGGAAAGAGUUUUACCAAGUUAGGGCACCUGAAAUCACAUGAGAGAACACACACAGGAGAGAAGCCUUUCCACUGCUCACUGUGCGGAACAAGUUUUACAGAGUUAGGCAACAUGAAAAGGCAUGAAAGGACACACACAGGCGAGAAGCCUCAUCAUUGCUCCCUGUGUGAAAAGAGAUUUACCUCAUUAAGGCAAUUGAAAGAGCAUGAAAGAAUCCACACCAUAGAGAAACGUUAGCAAUGCUCCUAGUGUGAAAUGAUUUAUUUACUCAGUUAGGGCACCUGAAAGACCAUGAGGUAAUACAUACAGUGAAGAUACCUUACCACUGUUCCAGUGUGGAAAGGAAUAUAUCACAUGAAAUUAUACUUAAAGUUUAUGAGACAACACAAAUACUUCUCCCACACUUGUCUCAUCUUUUUUUACUGCAAAAUGUUGUGCUUUUGUGUAUGCCACAUAAAAUCGAGUUGUAUGAAAUGGACAAAAAAAGACAUCUAUAUUUCAAAACUAACUGAAAAUGAAGUAGGCUAUGUCAGCUUGAAUUUAUCAGAGUAAAGAACAUCAUGCUGCUUGCUUAGUGAGUACUACCUUCCCCCAAUUAGCCACAUACCUGGCUCGAACUCAGGACCUCUGCAUUACAAACACACAUGACCGUCCUCUCUCAAUCGUCUCUACCCGUCGCGCCACUCAAAAGCUAGCAAUUUAACGGUACAAGCAAGGACACUUAUGACUGAGGAGUGAGUUUCACACAUCUCGAUGUGCUACAUUCACCCCUCAAACUUUUUUGUUUGUUUGUUGUUGUUUUUUUUGUUUUUUUUCUCGCUUUU